AUGGUUGAUGUAGCAGACAAAUCCGUGGGACAGCAGGCCCCUCGUCGGGACAGUGCCGCUGUGAACCUGGCCCAAGGAAUGAAGCACACACCCCGUCUGCACCUACGUGUCGCUCCCGAGUACUUACCCGGGGCAUCUCUGCCACCACCACCACCACAAUUCGAGCCGCAGAAGCAAAUGUUGCACAUGGCAACGAAUCCAGGGAAGCAUGGUUCAGUGUAUCAAGAUGUCAACAAUGGAAAUUUCUCUGCUACUCAAGCAGCUCGGGAACGCGUCGACUUCCAACAACGACUUCGAGAACCUCGUGCAACAGUCAACCAGUGCAUGGAGUGGAAUGACCGUUCUCCGGAUCACAAGGAACUUGAGGAGCGAUUCAGUGCUGGCAUUCGGAUUCAGUUGUAUCGUUUGGACGCCAUUUUGCAUGCUGAGGCCAUGAGUCUGUUUGCUAUGCGUGAUGAUAAGAAUCUUCUGGAAGGCGCCCUGCAUAGUGUCCAGCAAAAGCUGAAUGGCGGCGACCCGCAGAACCCGAACCUCACUGCUGCUGAGAUUGACAAGCUCAAACGCCAAGAAGUCUUGCUCGAGCAAGAACUCUCUUUCAUCAAGAGCCAUCUGGACAAUAGUGCUGCUAGGCUGGACUAUGUGGACGGUCAGAGCAUGCGACUGGAACAUGAACUCGUCGUUCUGCGACAAAAGGUGCUUGUGGCUCUGAGGCAUGCUACCAGUCUUCAAACACACAACCUGGCUAACCAAGAGCUUGAGGCUGAGCUCGUGAAAGUACAGCAACUGACGAAAGAUCUGCAGAGACGCAGAAUGGACCUUAGUCACCAGGUGAAAACCAUCACUGAAAGGACUUUCUCGAGCAGCCACUUGAACCACCUAUCAAGGGAACAGCUUCAGCAAAAUCAUACGGGGAUUUCAGACUCUGGGCGAGAGUAUUAUCCGCCAUUCAGUCACGUUCGUCGUGCCUCGUCCGGUAGCUUUCCCGAAAACAUCACCGAGAAACCCAGCGCAUUUGAUCCGUGGAUGAGACAUCAGCAACAACAUCAAAAUAUGCCCGGAGUUUGGAGAUACUCGGUGAGGAACAGACCGCACAGUUCGAGCCACGAAUCCCUCAUGAGCUACCAUCAACGGCAGAUGGCCCAGUGUGAGAAGACUACUGUGGCCUGGGCUAGGCCAGCUUCAGCGAUGGCCGCCCCGGUUGCGCGACAGGCUUUCAGUCCGUUUCCUCCGCCGCCGUAUCAACACGUGCCGCCGCCACCGCCGCCUUCUGUCGUUUCGCACCAGCGCGGAAAUGAAAACUAUCAUUCCGACAACGACCUUCACCUCAAGCAAUUUCAGGGGAUUCCAGCCAAGGAGCGGUCGUUGGAAAUCAAGACAGUGCGGUCGGUGAAACGCGAGAGCCAACAACGUCAAAAGGACCGCACUCGACGACAGACCCCGGAACCCGUGAUCGUGUCUUCGCCCGGCGGCGAGAUCUCGUCUGUGUGCAACAGCAUCUCGUCGACCAACUGGGCCGACUCUUCGUUGGACCUCAAGCAGCGAGAAGAACUGACCAAGGACGAGCAAGAACUGUUGUCGGAGCUCGAGAACCCGCAGAUCGUCUUGGAAACUGACCCCGUCCUGUCGCAAUUUCACCGCUCCAUGUCCUUGCCGAGGAACAACAAUCAUCUAGAAAAUAAUGGCCAAAAGUCCACAGAAAAUUCUACUUAUGGAGAGCAGUUGUCGCAACGUCGUCAGGAGAUGGCGCGGCAUUUGCGCCAAUACCCGAGACUGCGACGGAAGCACCACACCGUGUCGAGUAGUCAGCCCAUCACCCUGGAAAACACCCCGCACUUUUCCAAAAAGAAGAACCCGGCUGCUGGAGGAAAGUGGGCAGAUGACCUAGACAUGGAACGUGCUUUGAGAAGCCCCCACAACCGCCUCAGCACGCCAGAUGUCGUUCGUUCCACCAUCACCAAGAAGAAGGAGCUCAGGUACAAUGAAGAGACUAUUGACACGAUCCUGAGCAAGCCGAGGAAAAUCAACAUUCCCGAGAGAUACGUACCUGAGGAGAUGGAGUUGUCGGCCAUCGAAAAGGCAGCGAGGGAACGAAAGGCGGAGGCCAUCAAGAAAAUGUUGCUCUCAGAGACUCAAAUAGCCGCAGAAAUCUGCAGCGCGUCCAAUGCCGGCGACGGGUCGUCCACCAAGACGCCGGGAAUGGCGUCCCGAACAAGUACAACGACGGAGGAAAACGGCCACGACGGCACACUCAUGAAGGCCAAGGUUGAGGCGGAGAAACGCCGUCGCGAGCACAUGCUGGCUUUGAACCAAGCCCUGGCCAAGGAAGUGAUUGAGAGAACGAAAAUCGUUGCCGACGCCGAUGGUGGAGAAGACAAGGAUGAUGUGAUGCGGAAUGCAAGUGGGAAAUCUUCGCCGCAACAACAGUUGCCAUUUGUUCAGCUCCGAGGUCAUAAAACCUGCGCUUAUGUUCGACACUCGACACUGACUGCUUUGACAUUUGUCGACGAGAAUGAAAAACUGUGUUGCUGUCGGCAAGUGAAGAACAUCAAGGCUGAAAAAAAAAUCAAAAGAAUGUUUAAACAAGAAUUCGUCGUCAAUUUAUUCCUGUUUACAAGAUUGCAGCACGGUGUUUUCGAGCUCCACGUGAAGCAGGACGCGAAGGAGGCGUCCUCUGGAGGAUCGAGGAAAAAGAGCUUCUCGCUUCGACAGCCACGGACGAACAACCGACCUUCGUUCAACACCAAGUCUGGUCCAUCUGCGAUCAUUGUUAAUUAA